AGUGUGUGUAUCCUGUGUUUGUUUGCAAGAGGCAGACACCUUGAGGGUGACAACAUUUUUUGAGCUUUUUCAGACCUGAACAGUUAUUCAUGUUGGACUUCAGCCAUCGAAAUGGAGAUAACAAUGGAUGGCCCCAUCUUUUUGACAAGUAUUUUGGGAUGCCCAACAUCGACAUCGGGACCAAGUCCGAUAAAUGUUUGCUGGUGGCUGUUCCAGAGCUGUGUCAGUGCAGAGAUCUGGAGCUGGACUGUGACGGUGCCCAGUUUCACCAUGUCCCAGCCGUGUCCGUUAACGUCACCAUGAUGUCCCUGCAAAGGAACCGACUUCGGAUAUUGAACGGUGACAUAUUCUAUAAGUACCAGAGUCUUCAGAAACUAUAUCUACAACAUAACAGAAUUCGAGCUGUGAGUCCUAACGCAUUCAGAGGACUAUACAAUCUAACAAGACUAUAUUUAAGCUAUAACAAGAUAUCCAUCCUGAUGCCCGGGGUGUUCCAAGAUCUACACAAGCUGGAGUGGUUGAUCCUUGAAAACAACAGUAUCCAUCAGAUAUCCCCCAUGACCUUUUCAGGCUUGCGUUCCUUGGUACUCCUGGUUUUGUUGAACAACGCUCUGACAAAGCUGGAUGACAUCUGCCUGGAAAUGCCAAGACUAAACUGGCUGGACAUGGAGGGAAAUCAAAUUGAAAGUGUUGGAAACGUAACAUUCUGGUCGUGCAACAUGAUGACUGUGCUUGUCCUACAGAAGAACAGAAUCAGUCGCAUACAUGAACAGGCGUUCUCAUUUCUAAAGAAACUUGGGGAAUUAGAUCUGUCCAGCAACAGACUCGUGGCAAUCCCUCCCAAUCUCUUUGUUCAUCUGGGAGAUUUACUACAGCUGAACAUCUCGUGUAACCCUAUCGUGGAUCUCCAAGUUGACCACUUUGAUAACUUGCAUAAAUUGAAAUCCUUGAGCAUAGAGGGAAUCGAGAUUGGGAACAUACAGAGAAGGAUGUUUGAACCACUCAAACAAUUGACCCACAUUUACUUUAAGAAGUUCCAGUACUGCGGCUACGCCCCUCACGUGCGCAGCUGCAAGCCCAACACGGACGGCAUCUCGUCCUUCGAGGACCUCCUGGCCAACAUCGUCCUGAGGGUUUUCGUCUGGGUGGUGUCGGCCACCACGUGCUUCGGCAACAUCUUCGUCAUCUGCAUGCGCUCCUACAUCCGAUCGGAGAACAAGCUCCAUGCCAUGUGUAUCAUCUCCCUAUGUUGUGCCGACGGACUGAUGGGCGUUUACCUCUUCAUGAUUGGUGCCUACGACCUCAAGUUCCGCGGUGAGUACAACCGCCAUGCCCAGGCCUGGAUGGACAGCGUCCAGUGUCAGGUGAUCGGCUCCCUCGCCAUGCUCUCCACCGAGGUCUCUGUCCUCCUUCUCACCUACCUCACCCUGGAGAAGUACAUCUGUAUCGUCUACCCCUUCCGGUAUUUAACCCCCGGCUGCCGGCGCACUGUCUCAAUCCUUCUGAGCAUCUGGUUUAUUGGCUUCAUCAUCGCCUUCCUCCCCCUGGUAUUCAAAGGAUUGUUCAGGAACUUCUAUGGUACCAACGGCGUGUGUUUUCCGUUACACUCAGAGCAGCCUGAGACAACGGGGGCGCAGGUGUACUCCAUCGUCAUCUUCCUGGGCCUGAACCUGGUUGCAUUCCUUAUAAUCGUACUGUCCUACGGGAGUAUGUUCUACAACAUCCAGAGGACAGGGACACAGACGACAAAAUAUAGUAACCACAUCAAAAAGGAGGUGACCAUAGCCAAGAGGUUCUUUUCCAUCGUCAUCACCGACUCUCUUUGCUGGAUACCCAUAUUUGUCCUCAAGAUUCUAUCACUGUUGCAGGUGGAAAUUCCAGGAACCAUCAGCUCCUGGGUGGUGAUCUUCAUUCUGCCCAUCAACAGCGCCCUCAACCCCAUCCUGUACACCCUGACCACACGGCCAUUCAAAGAGACCAUCCUCCAGGUGUGGGCCAACUACAGGCAGAGGAGACCUCUGAUGAGCAACCACACAGCCCACCAACCCUCAUUCACAUUGCAGGAGAUGUGGCCUCUCCAAGAAAACAGCCAGACCCUGACUUCGCCUGGCGACUACCUGGCGAAUCCCUCAAAAAUAUCCUGCACGUCUCAGCUACUGCCCGUGGAAAGAACAAACGGUGUAUAAUGCCCUUCGGUUUCAACCAUUCAUGUGGGUUCAUGUGAAUGGUACGUUUACAGCAUGUUGACGGUUGUAGAGUCAAUUAACAUUUUGCACUGUGAUUUGUACAGACAGAGGAUCUCAUUGUACACGUUGGACUAUGUGCAAUUCUACUCUGCUGAUGCUUAGACUUUGGCUUUGUGAAUGCCUUCGGUUUGAUGUGAUUAUUAACAUACUUAUUCCUAAAAACAUAAAUCACACCCAUCAGCAUUCAUUUCUGUAUAGUAGAUUGCUCCUGAUGUACUGGAGCCUACAGAUUGUGUACAGUAUUGUAUAGAAUAAAGCAAUCACUGUCA